AUGAGUCCCCGCUCGUGCCUGCGUUCGCUGCGCCUCCUGGUCUUCGCUGUCUUCUCGGCCGCCGCGAGCAACUGGCUGUACCUGGCCAAGCUGUCCUCCGUGGGGAGCAUCUCGGAGGAGGAGACGUGCGAGAAGCUCAAGGGCCUGAUCCAGAGGCAGGUGCAGAUGUGCAAGCGGAACCUUGAGGUGAUGGACUCGGUGCGCCGAGGUGCUCAGCUCGCCAUCGAGGAGUGCCAGUACCAGUUCCGGAACCGGCGCUGGAACUGCUCCACGCUCGACUCCCUGCCUGUCUUCGGCAAGGUGGUGACUCAAGGGACCCGGGAGGCGGCCUUCGUGUACGCCAUCUCUUCAGCAGGUGUGGCCUUCGCGGUGACGCGGGCAUGCAGCAGCGGGGAGUUGGAAAAGUGUGGCUGUGACCGGACGGUACAUGGAGUCAGCCCGCAGGGCUUCCAGUGGUCGGGAUGCUCGGACAACAUCGCCUAUGGCGUGGCCUUCUCCCAGUCCUUCGUGGACGUGCGGGAGAGAAGCAAGGGGGCCUCAUCCAGCCGCGCCCUCAUGAACCUCCACAACAACGAGGCUGGCAGGAAGGCUAUCCUGACACACAUGCGGGUGGAGUGCAAGUGCCACGGGGUGUCGGGCUCCUGUGAGGUAAAGACGUGCUGGCGAGCCGUGCCGCCCUUCCGCCAGGUGGGCCACGCACUCAAAGAGAAGUUCGACGGCGCCACCGAGGUGGAGCCACGCCGCGUGGGCUCCUCCAGGGCGCUGGUGCCGCGCAACGCACAGUUCAAGCCGCACACGGAUGAGGACCUGGUGUAUUUGGAGCCCAGCCCGGACUUCUGCGAGCAGGACGUGCGCAGCGGCGUGCUGGGCACGAGGGGCCGCACGUGCAACAAGACGUCCAAGGCCAUCGACGGCUGCGAGCUGCUGUGCUGCGGCCGGGGCUUCCACACGGCCCAGGUGGAGCUGGCCGAGCGCUGCAGCUGCAAAUUCCACUGGUGCUGCUUCGUCAAGUGCCGGCAGUGCCAGCGGCUGGUGGAGCUGCACACGUGCCGGUGA